UUUGUAGUGUGGGAAAAUUAUUUUUAAAAGAAUAAGUGCAGAAAAUCAUAAAUUAUAAUAAAACAAUGACAGAGCGAGUACGCGAGAUACGCAUGCUAAGUGCGUUAGAAAGGAUUCAACAAAACAGCGGGAUCGCACGUGUUGUUAUUGUUAACUUAGCUUUGACUAAAGUUUUGGAAUUUGAACUUUAAAAUAAGAGCAAUAAGUAACAUUUUGUGUCAUUUAAUGUGUAUAGCUUUUGUUAACUAAUAUUUUCUUACGCCGGCAGUCGGCAGUCGGCACUUGUUAAGUGCAGUGCUCGAAGCUUUCGACAUCGCGUGUGUGUGACGGUUCCUUCCGUAACUUACGAUUUACUAAGUAUUGUUUGAUCGCUCUAUUGACGACUUCGGCUAGUGUUCCUGGACUUUUGAUUGCUCUCUUGACAACUCCGGCUCGUAUUUUAGGACUGUUUGAUUGCUCUUACGAAGACAUCGGCUAAUGUUUCUGGACUUCUCCAUAACAUCAAAUCCAGUGAACUCUACAAAUUGGGUGAGUACAAUUUAUUUCAAACAUUGUUACAAAAUCAUGAUUUACAAGUGUAAAUGUCAUAAGUCAACUCAUAACAGCAUUGUAAAUCCAAGGCAAUAGAAAAAGUGGAAGUUGGUUGUGCAUAGGUAGGUAGGUACCCACCUAGCGAACUAGUGAUAAAAGGUAACAUAAUUUAUCUAUACAUAUAAUAAAAUUGUAGAAAAGUGGUGUCUGUACAAUGGAAAUAUAUAUAAAAAAAGUAGCAGGGGUUGUUAUUAUAUCGAUGCCGAAGCCGUAUUUGUAAUAUAUGUAUAAUUUUUUUGUCUGUUUGUCUGUGUGUUUGUGCACGCUAAUAUCAGAAACGGCUCAUUCGAUUUAGAUGCUGUUUUCAGUAAUAUAUUGUAGUAAGCUUCACUUAACAUUUAGUGUUUAUUUCAUUUCAAUCGGUUCAUAAAUAAAAAAGUUAUGUCAUAUAACGUUCUACACAAAUAGCAUUUUACACAAAAAACUCAUUGAUACGUUUCGGCAUCCAUGCGAACGAAGUCGCGGGCACAGCUAGUCACUAAUAUUAUUAGAUAUGUAUAUUCAAAUCAUAUUAUUAUAUAUCAAUGGUGGUUGUUACUACAAGUGGUAUAAGUGUGUAAUUUGAAACACGUUUAAGACAUAGGUGUAAGUUUAUAAAACUAAAUUGUUAUAUUGACCAGUCACCUAAACUUUUAUUCAGCUUCUUUUUAGAACAUAUUUUUAUUACUAGCUGUGCCCGCGACUUCGGUCGCAUGGAUCCCGAAACGUAUCAAUGAGUUUUUUUGUGUAAAGUGCUAUUUGUGUAGAACGCGGUUAUAUGACAUAACUUUUUUAUUUAUGAACCGAUUGACAUGAAAUAAACACUAAAUGUUAAGUGAAGCUUACUACAAUAUAUUAGUGAAAACCGCGUGUAAAUCGAAUAAGCCGUUUCUGAUAUUAGCGUGCACAAACACACAGACAAACAGACAAAAAAAAAUAUUUUUACAAAUUCGGGUUCGGCUUCGAUAUAAUAACAACCCCUGCUACUUUUUUUAUAUAUAUUUCCAUUGUACAGACACCACAUUUCUACAAUUUUAUUAUAUGUAUAGAUAGUGCACCCAGAAACACUCAGAACCUUGAAUAAGAAAUUAAGAGAAUUCAUUUUCACAGUUUAGUUUUGUUUUUAACGCAAAAGUAAACUAAUGUGGCUCCAAAAACAUUAAAAUAGAGCGUGCUAUAUUGAAUACUUUUGUGGCUAAGCCACGAUAAAAUAUUGUGCUAGCUGGGUAGGGGAUACCUCAGAUACCUGCCUUUUGUGGUUUCAAUCACUCAACGUGGAGCAAAUAUUUUUGUGAUGAACUGGGGAGCACAAGUACUUGUAUGUACCAUGUCUGGGUGUACAAAAUAUUUAAAUAAUCUGCGGUCAAAACUGAACGUGUGCAAUUGCGUCCUACCUAUUCUGUCAAUAAAAUAGCGCGACGUAACUUUCAAGCCUUACCUGCCUAAUCUAGCGUAAAUUAAAUUGUCCCAGGCUAUUUUUUAUUUUUACUUUUUUUUUUAGGUUAUGGAUCCCUACGAAAAUCCACUACCAUCCUGCUCUUGGAGAGCCCUCCUUGGGAUUUCCCUGGGAUCGAAGAAAGUCUAGGAGCCAUGGAAUCUUUGAAUUCAACUCCGCCUUUGAACCAGCCACCUUUAGCUUUAACUGACUCCGAGCUUUUGGGAAUCCUGUCUGAAAAUUUGUCGACGACGAGACGAGAUGGAUACAGUUUACGAAGACGACGACGACUGCGAAAUAAAUUUAGAUGAGCGAGAAGAAAUGGUACCUCUCGACACAUUUAUUGAUGAAUGGCAACCAGGGAAUCCUGAUCAGUUUAUGGAACUGCCUUUUACCAGGACAACAGGUCUUCAAGAAGAUAUAGGUGACACACCUAUAAGUUAUUUUAAUGCUUUAUGCAAUGAUGAAUUACUGAGUUUAUUAACUCGCUCUACCAAUGAGUAUGGGGAACGUGAAAAAGCUACAAGCAGAAGUGCACAAAGCAGAGCCAGGUUUUGGAAACCUGUAAGUUGCAGCGAUAUAAAAUUAUUUUUUGGGCUUUUAUUCCACAUGGGAUUCAUCAAAAUUAAUAGACUGUCCGACUAUUGGAAAACCGACACAUUUUUUAACCAACCAAUAUUUGCAAAAGCAAUGUCGCGUAAUACUUUUUUAUUAAUUUUAAGAAUGUUGUGUGUGAAUGUAGGAGGAACUACAAGUAAUUGUAAAAUUAAACCAAUAAUUGAUUAUUUCAACAAAAGGAUGUUAGAAAUUUAUUACCCUACGAAAGCCAUAGUAAUUGACGAAUCAAUGAUGUUAUGGAGAGGAAGAUUAAGAAUACGACAGUAUAUGAAAGGAAAGAAAAAUAAGUAUGGUCUAAAGUUUUAUGCACUUGCUGAUCAGCUGGGGGUUGUGCUAAAAUUGCAUUUGUACGGUGGUGCCACUGAUACGCUUGUUGGUGGAACAAACCAUGUUAAAAAAGUUGUAAAGCAUUUAAUGGAUGCAUAUAUAAAUGCGGGACAUCAUUUGUUCAUGGAUAAUUUUUAUACAAGCGUGGAUCUGGUGGAUGAGUUAUAUUAUAAAGAUACUUAUUGUACAGGAACACUAAGAAAAAUGAGGAAAAGCAAUCCUAAAACAGUUUUAAAUACUAAAUUAAAAAAGGGUGAAUUAUGCAUACAACAUAAAAAUAACAUUUGCGUAAUUAAAUGGAUGGAUUAAAGGGAGGUGUUGGCUAUCUCA